AUGACCACCUACGAAGACUUUAUUCAGCAGAAUGAAGACCGGGAUGGAGUACGGUUUACGUGGAACGUCUUUCCUUCUUCGAAGGUCGAGGCUACCAGGAUGGUCGUACCCCUGGGGACUCUUUAUCAGUUGAUCAAGGAGCGCCCCGAUUUGCCUCCAAUUAUGUACGAUCCUGUUUUGUGUACCAGGUCCACGUGCAGGGCUAUUCUUAAUCCCCUCUGUCAAGUGGACUAUCGUGCCAAGCUUUGGGGAUGCAACUUUUGCUUCCAAAGGAAUCCAUUUCCUCCACAAUAUGCUGCUAUUUCGGAGCAACAUCAACCAGCAGAACUCAUUCCAAUGUUUUCUACAAUAGAAUAUACGAUAACGAGAGCACAAUGCUUACCUCCAAUAUUUCUCCUGGUGGUGGACACAUGCAUGGACGAAGAAGAACUCGGAGCAUUAAAAGACUCUCUCCAAAUGUCCUUAUCACUACUCCCCCCGAGUGCGCUGAUCGGCUUAAUCACAUUCGGAAAAAUGGUCCAAGUCCACGAACUAGGCUGCGAAGGCUGUAGCAAGAGCUACGUAUUUCGCGGAACUAAGGACCUGCAGCCCAAGCAGGUCCAAGACAUGCUAGGCAUCGGAAGACAAGCUCCCGGGCAAGGUCAGCAGCGAGCCCCAACAGGGCAGCCACUUCCCCCAGCAAACAGGUUUCUCCAACCCGUUCACAAGUGUGACAUGAGCUUGACCGACCUCUUAGGAGAGCUUCAACGGGACCCUUGGCCCGUAGGAGUUGGUAAAAGACCCUUGCGUUCAACCGGAGUCGCUCUGGCCGUCGCAACUGGUCUUUUAGAGGCGAGUUACGCAAACACUGGAGCCAGGAUAAUGAUGUUCGUCGGUGGACCUUGCUCUCAAGGUCCCGGACAAGUUGUGACUGACGAGCUCCGGCUGCCGAUUCGGUCCCAUCAUGACAUCCACAAGGACAACGCCAAGCAUAUGAAGAAAGCUACCAAGCAUUAUGACGCUCUAGCAGCUCGUGCUGCAGCAAAUGGUCAUAUUAUUGACAUCUACGCCUGCGCUUUGGACCAAACUGGACUCCUGGAGAUGCGACAGUGCUGCAACUCCACCGGGGGGCACAUGAUCAUGGGAGAUUCCUUCAAUUCUUCGCUUUUCAAGCAAACUUUCCAGCGAGUUUUUGCAAAAGACGCGAAAAAGGACCUCAAGAUGGCGUUCAAUGCCACCCUGGAGGUCAAGACCUCCCGGGAGCUUAAAGUUUCAGGAGUAAUUGGACCCUGCGUGUCCUUAAACAUGAAAGGUCCUUGCGUUGGUGAGCAAGAAGUCGGACUGGGUGGUACUUGUCAGUGGAAGUUCUGCGCCUUGAUGCCCUCGACCACCGCCGCAGUAUUCUUCGAGGUUGUUAAUCAAAAUUCAGCUCCCAUUCCGCAAGGAGGUCGCGGGUGCAUCCAGUUCAUCACGCAGUAUCAGCACAGCAGUGGUCAGCGGAGAAUUAGAGUCACUACUGUGGCGCGUAAUUGGGCUGAUGCCUCCACGUCGCUGCAUCAUAUUAGUGCUGGCUUUGACCAAGAAGCUGCUGCUGUCUUGAUGUCUAGAUUGGCGGUAAAUCGCGCAGAGAGCGAUGAUGGCCAUGAUGUUCUGCGCUGGGUUGAUAGGAUGCUCAUCAGACUGUGCCAGAAGUUCGGGCAGUAUGAUAAGGAUGAUCCGAAUAGUUUUAGAUUGGCGGAGAAUUUUUCGCUGUACCCGCAAUUCAUGUAUCACUUGCGCAGGUCCCAGUUCCUGCAGGUGUUUAAUAAUUCGCCUGAUGAGACAAGCUUCUACAGACACAUGCUCAUGCAAUACGAAAACUUCCGUCAAUUAUUAGCAGCGCCUGUGGACGACGCUGCUGAAAUUCUAGCUGGAAGAUUCCCAGCUCCGCGUUACAUUGACACGGAACAAGGUGGUUCCCAGGCUAGGUUCUUGCUCAGCAAGGUCAACCCUAGUCAGACGCAUAACAAUAUGUACGCCUAUGGAGCGGAAAGCGGAGCACCUGUGCUAACUGAUGACGUCAGUCUCCAAGUAUUCAUGGAACAUCUUAAAAAAUUGGCCGUUUCGUCACAAGCUUAA